AUGGCUCAGCAGCAGCGAAUCAUCUUCUACGACCUCGUCGCCGAGCACGGCGGCCCGUUCUUCUCACCCAACACGCUCAAGACCCGCUUCUCCCUGCUGCACAAGGGCGUUGACUUCGAGGAGCGCGAGGUCACCUUCAUGGAACUGCGGGAGAUGGGCCCGAAGAUGGGCUUGGAGCGAGCGAUAAUCCCUUGUAUCGAGCUUCCAGACGGAAGCUUUAUCUACGACUCAUGGAACAUCGCCGAAUGGCUCGAGAAGGAGUACCCCGACAAGCCUUCCCUCUUCUUGCCCGACUCUCCUACGCCUCUCAAGGCCGGCGCGCCUGAACUCACAGUCGCAAAGAACUUUGCGCUGGUCUUCUCGGAAGGAUUCGGCAGCUCUGACGCACAAUGGAGCACGUUCUUCGAGAUCUCGGCGCAGGGGAUCUACGACUUGAUGCCUGGAACCGAAGAGACGAACCCGAACAAAGCGUACUUUCGAUCCGAUUACAAGCUGGGUAUGAAGGGUGCCUGGGAAUGGCUGCAGUCGCUGGACCGCGAGACCCUUAUCUCGCAUGCCCAAGCGUCGCUGCUCCCGCUCGACAAGAUUUUCUCAAAGACCCCCUUCCUUGCCGGCAACAACCCCGGCUUCGCCGACUACGUCGCUUUCGGACGGUACUACAUGAUGCGCUGUGCGUGCCCGAAGGAGUGCAAGGCGGUUUGGCUGCGGCCUGAGACGCUUCCGCACGUCGCGGAAUGGGUAGAGAGGCUGGACAAGCGGUGGGAGCAGGAGAUGGCGGAUGCGACGAAGCGGUUGCCGCCCAUGUAG